AUGGGCUCCGUUUCACAUAAGGAUGAACACAUGCAAGGCAAACAGCAGCAGCCAUGUAGUAGCAAGCCCCCAGAUACAGAGCCCAGACUUUCUCUAGUCCUGAGUUCAGCCGGGAACCUCUUGAGAGCCAGCCAAGGACUGAACAUCAAUCUCAGCUGCUCGCAAUUGGCUGAUGAAUAUAUCCGCAGCGCCUCCUUCACUCCGAAGACUUUCACUUUCCCCCUUGCACAAAACCGAACAUCCCACCCCACCCCCACCUCCAAGCUAAAAUACCUGGGCCACCCCUCCCCACGAAGGGACGCGCUCCAGGCGAAUGGGGAGGGCCCGGAAGUCGGGCCCGGGACGGAGGAGCCGGCCCACCGCCUCCCGGUCGGAAGCGGCAGUGCAGGUGAGGCAGCGGCCAGCCGCGGGACUGCGCGGGUAAGGAGCGGGAGGGCCGACUGCACCGCGAAGUUGGCGGGGGACGGCCGCGCACGCCUCGUCUCGGACUUCCUGCCCCGUAGAGGCGCCGCCCUCCCGCCACCCCAGGGCACCUGCCGACCACGUCUGGGCGGGGGCGGGCCGGCUCCCGCCCUCGGGCCCUCACCCCACCCCGGCCAGCCGCGGCGGGGACGUCGGGUCAGCGAAGGGUUAAGGGACUUGCUCCCUCCUCUCGGCUGCCUCACCCUUGGAAAGUCCCCGAAAUGACGUUUCAACCCGACAAUUUAAAAAAGAGUUUAAUUAUAGAGACAGGCUCUGGGAGCUGGAACAAACUCUCGGUCGGCGGGGCCGGUAAACAACUCGGGAGCGAGCGGGCUAGGCCAGCCGCAGGCUUGCGGAGCCCGCCCCUGGGGAGAGGGGGAGGGGGAGGGCCGCCGGGAGUUGGAAAAGCCGAGGAAAAUCGAGGAAUCAGCUUUCUUUGGAAAAACCCACUUUGUAGCCAUUCUGGGGCGCCUGAUGGUGCUCCUGGCCGGUCCCGCAGCCUUGGAGCGAAAGCGGCGCCGCCCGAUGCAGAGGCACAGCCGGUGCCCCGCGGGGACAGGCCCUGGGCCGGGAAGGGUCCCCGCCCGCUCCCAGUCCCCUUCCCCUUUGCUUUUUUCCAGCCCCUCCUCCGGUCUCCCAAGCUGAGCUUCGCGAACCCUUGGGAGUUAAAGACCCGCCGGCCCUUUCUUUUUGGGGGGUGGGGGAGCGGGAAUGGGUGGAGGCCGGGGGAAUAAAAAACCGAAAUAGCUUC